AUGUCAACUACAAGCGACAUGCAGUUGACUACAACUGAUGCUUUGUCAUAUCUCAAAACUGUGAGAGAAGUAUUUCAAGACAAAAGGGAUAAAUAUGAUGAGUUCAUUGAUAUCAUGAAAGAUUUCAAAGCUCAAAUAAUUGGUACAACUGAUGUUAUAAGGAGAGUGAAAGAGUUAUUUAAAGGAUACGACGACCUAAUUCUGGGCUUCAAUGCCUUUUUACCGAAAGAUUACGAAAUCGCCCUCUCUCCCGACGACGAAGAACCAUUUCUGAGGAAGAAGCCAGUUGAAUUUGAAGAAGCUGUCCGUUUUGCAAAGAAAAUCAAGGCUAGAUUUCAAGGAGAUAAUAAUGCGUACAAAGCGUUCCUUGACAUUUUGAAUUCAUACAGAAAAGAUAAUAAACCUAUAACAGAGGUUUAUCAGGAGCACCAGAAAAUCAGGGAGAGGAAGCAAAUUCUAAGAGUAGCAGCCCUAACCACAUCAGCCCAAGGCCACGAGCCGCCAGAGCCGCACCCGAACCGCAGAGCAGCCCUAGCCACUCCGUCCAGAAGCCGUGAGACGUCGGAGCUGCACCCGACCCCUUCCCGCAGCACCUCAUCUCGCCCAAAACCCACACCCAAAACCCACAGCUGCACCCUGGAACAUCGCAUCUCCACCAUGGUCAACGAGCAAGUUUCAGUUCUGUUUCAGAAUCAUGCUGAUCUGCUUGUGGAGUUCACUCAUUUUCUUCCCGAUAUUUCGGGUGCUGCCUCUGUCCAGUAUGCGCAACCCAGCAGGAAUCAUGUCGAAAAGGUCGACAAGGGAAAGGGGAAACAAAAAGCCAGAGACAACGAUGAGUGGGAGAAUGAUGAUGAUGAUGAUGAUGAUGAUGAUGGGUCAGAUUACAGAAGAAAAUCUGCUGGACGAUAUGGCCUUGCAGCCGACCAAUUGCCCGGAGGAGGGAUGGAGGGGGCCGAGUCAGCUUUCCGCGAGAAAGUUAAGGAACGGCUUCGGGCACCUGAAAAUUAUGAAAAGAUUUCAGAUUGCAUCUGUUCCUUUAAAAACAAGUUUGUCCCAGCAGCUGACUUUCGGAAGCUGGUGGCUAGUUUAAUUGGAGAACAUCCAGACCUUAUGGAGGCCUGUGAAGAUUUCAUAACAUACAUUGAGAAGUCUGGUAUCAAGCAGAUCAAUAAACAAGUCUUCAGAUCAUUAAAGGUUGAUGAAAAUGGAGAUGAUCAUGACUGGGAAGACAGAGAUGAAACUAAAGACCAUGAUAACAGAGAAAAAGAUAGGCGUGAUAGAGGUCUUGCUUUUAACUCUAAAGCUGUGCCAGGACAGAAGAUUUCAUGCACAAGCAAAGAUAAGUCUAUGGCAAAACCCAUUCAUGAACUUGAUCUCUCUGAAUUCAAGAGCUGCACUCCAAGUUAUCGGCUUCUACCAGAAAAUUAUCCGAUCCCAUUAGCAAGCAGGAGAACAGAGAUCGGCAACCAAGUGCUGAAUGAUCGCUUGGUGUCGGUUACUUCAGGAAGUGAGGAUCACUCAUUCAAACACAUGCACAAAAAUCAAUAUGAAGAAACUUUGUUCCAGUGUGAGGAUGACCGGUUUGAACUUGACAUGCUAUUGGAAUCUGUGAAUGCGACAGUGAAGCAUGUUGAAGAACUUCUGGACAGAAUGAAUGCUCACACUACUAAGGCAGACAGUUCAUUUAAUAUUGAAGAAUGUUUGUCAGCCCUUAGCCUAAGGUGUAUUGAGCGUUUAUAUGGUGACCAUGGGCUUGAUGUGGUGGAUUUAUUGAGGAAGAAUGCACCUGCAGCACUGCCAGUCAUUUUAACUAGGUUGAAGCAGAAACAGGAAGAAUUGGCAAGGUGUCGUGCUGAUUUUAAUAAAGUUUGGGCUGGUAUUUAUGCUAAGAACUAUCCUAAAUCACUUGAUCAUAGGAGCUUCUAUUUUAAGCAGCAGGAUACAAAGAACUUGAGCGCUAAAGCAAUGCUUGCCGAGAUAAAAGAAAUGUGCGAAAAGAACCAGAAUAAAGAUGAAAGCCUCCUUGCCUCGAUUGCUGCUGGUUAUAAAUGUUCAAUUAAACCUGAUAUGGUAUUCGAGUAUCCGGAUCCAGAAAUCCAAGACGAUCUUCAUCAGCUGAUGAAUUAUACUUGUGGAGAAGUUUGCACCCCUGAACAGCGUGACAAUGUCAUGAAUUUGUGGACAACUUUUCUCGAGCAAGUGAUGCGUGUUCCUUUACGUCCUUCGACCACCGAGAAGAAAAAAGAUGCUGAUAAGGAAAAUGGUCUUCUGGACAAAAGUACGGAAAGUAUUUGUGAAGAGAAUGAUAGUCCUGCCUAUGGAUCUCCUUGUGGUGAUAAUGUUGGUAAUAAGGGCGAUGUGUUAUGUGAUGCUCCAGAGGAAGAUCUUUCGAUUGCGUUGAAGGGAUCUGAUUGUGCUGUUGCUGCUUGCAAGACAGUACCAACGCCUAUUCAAGGACCCCUGGAGGUGUUCAAGAAACCCAGAGAGGAAUCUGAAGCCUGCACCAAGACCGAGAGGGAAGAGGGCGAACUAUCCAUAAACCGAAAUCAGAUGGAGAUCGAUAACCUGUUUUCAGCAGAUAACUAUACCAAAGAGGAAAUGAUUGCUGUUGCCAGAGAAGAGGAUGAGGAUAGCUCGUCAGACAGCGAGAAGAACGUUGUGUCUGAUGAGAGUGUAGGUGAGGCUGAUGUUAGCGAGGGUGACGGAACAGAGCAAUUUGUCAAUCGUUUUGUGGGGCCAGAGAAGCCGUUGGCACUCAGUGUUCCGAUGGGUUUGCGUGGUGGAGUGGAGAGUUGUGGAGUGUUCUACGGAAAUGACUCUUUCUAUUUGCUCUUCAGGCUUCACCAGAUCUUAUACGACAGAAUGAUGAGUGCAAAGUUACAUUCCUCAUCAUCUGGAAACAGAUGGAAGAUUUCAAAUGGUGCUAAUCAAACAGAUUCAUAUGCGGGAUUUAAGAAUGCUCUUCGUAGUCUGCUGAAUGGGUCCAUUGAUAAUGCGAAGUUUGAGGAUGAGUGUCGAGCCAUAAUUGGAGCUCAGUCAUAUGUCCUUUUCACAUUGGGGAAGCUCAUACAUAAACUUGUCAAACAGCUACAAACUAUUGCAUCAGACGAGAUGGACAACAAACUCCUCCAACUCUACUCAUACGAGAGAUCGAGAAAUACUAAAUCGUUCUCUGAUGAAGUUUACCAUGUCAACGCUCGUGUUCUUCUUCCGAACGACAACUUGUACCGGAUAGAAUGUUUGCCUUGUCCAACUCGUCUGACUAUUCAACUGAUGAGAAAAGAACAUGAGAAGUUUGAAUCAAUUGCUGUUUCAAUGGACCACGAAUUCGCAGCUUAUUUGAAAAAUGAACUUCUCACGGUUGUCCCCGAAAGAACUUGGAAACAUGGGUUGUACUUGAAAAGGAACAAAAAGAAGCUCUAUAAUGGAGAUGAAAGUUUUGACUUUGAGAAAGCAAUGGAAGGACUUGUAAUCCACAACGGUGUGAAAAUGAAAGUGAAUAGCCUCACAAAGAAGGUCGCCUACGUUUUGGCCACAGAAGACUUCAUGUAUCGGACGAAAGGAAGAAGGCGUGUUUUAUAUCAAUAA